AUGAAUAAGACCUACUUUGGCGUCAAGAGCACGUCCGAUGAGCAGGUGGUGGUGCUCAGCUCUGUGCUGGCCUGCGACGCCACUAUGGGUUACGAGAGCACGACGGGGGUGCGGGACAGCGCCGUGGCCGCCUUCAACGGCACCCCCGUGCAGAACCUGGCGCAGCUGGCGCGGCUGGUGAUGGCAUGCCAGGAGGGAUUCAUGCGGUUCGACCUGGAGGCAGCCAACAAGGUGGUGGUGGUGGACGCGGCGCAGGCACACCGCUGCACCGCCGUCAUCCGGGACGAGCACAACAUCGCCGCCGACAUGAGCAAGGACGUGCAGGAGCAGCUGGAUGCCUGGGCGGCGGAGGAGGGAGGAGGCGCGGGGCAGAGGGGCAAGCGGGUGUCGGUCGAGGCGCUGCGGGGCAAGGGCGCCGCCGCCGACGGCAUGGGCGCGGGUGGCGGCGGGCCGCCUGGGCUGGCCACGCCUGAGAAGGCAUGUGUAAAUUACAACCAACGCCCGCCCGAACGCUGGGACAAGGGGCCGGCCAGUGAAAGCACGAGGGAACCAACGAAAUUUCUGGAGCUGGCAGAGUCUGAGGGCCAGGGUGGAGGGGUGAUGCUGGUGCUGCGCGCCCGCAGUGUCAGGCGUGUGGCCAGAGGGGCCGCCUCUUCGGUGGACGAGGCGCCGCGUUUUGAGAGGGAUUGAGUGUUUGGCAUUUGUGGGAAGGAAGAGGGAGGGAUCAACAAGAGAAAGGAGGUGCAGCGCCCAAAGCCAUGAGCGGUCCUGGCUGAGGGGCGCCAGCGGGGGAGGAGGGCAGGCUGCCGCCUGCCGGCCACGCCCGCCGGCACCUGGACAAGCGGCGAUACGGCGGCGUUGCUGGGGAAGGAGAAAUGGCCAGGUGGGCUGGGGGAGGGCUCACACCUUGACAUCCCCGGUGGCAUGUAGGCAGUGUGCUAAGCUAGAACAUGGGGCCAGGGAAAAGGGUUGCCGUCCAUCCAUGCCAGCCGCGCAGGUGUGCGUUGGUAGUGUGGAUGGCCGAAGGCACAAGCUCAACACGCUGGAAAGCUGGGAAAAAAACCCGGAACAAAAACGGCAGCAGUUCAGGGCGGGGAGCAGCAGGCGCAUGCGGCGGCAGGGCGAGUGCUUGGAAUAAGGGAUGGGUCAGGGCUCCAACGCAAAAGGGGCCGGAGCAAAACUAGCGGGGGUAGAUAGGG